CAGAUCUGUUCGCGUUGAAGUUUGCAGCAGAGUUGCUGCAGGGUUUUUCUUGCCCAAAGUGCUGCCUUUGGCCAAGAUUCUGGCAAAAUUUCCCACUGAGCUCGCCUGUGUGGGAAGGUGCGGUUGGUAGUCAUGAGAGGACGGGACCGAAGACCAAGUUUUGUUGUGUAGGCUGUUUGAAGCUUGAAGGAGCGCAGGGGAAGCAAUGUCUCAACGCACCUUGACCCGCGCCCACAGUUUCCGGGAGCGCAUUGGCGAUUCCCUUUCUUCCCACCCAAAUGAACUCGUGGCUCUUUUCUCAAGGUUUAUUCAGCAGGGGAAGGGGAUGCUGCAACCUCAUCAGUUGCUGGCUGAAUACGCAGCUGUGUUUUCUGAAGCAGAUAAGGAGAAGCUGAAGGAUGGGGCUUUUGAGGAUGUCAUCAAAGCAGCACAGGAAGCCAUAGUCAUUCCUCCUCGGGUCGCCUUAGCUAUUCGUCCGCGGCCUGGAGUCUGGGAAUAUGUCCGGGUAAACAUCAGUGAGCUCGCGGUGGAAGAAUUGACUGUGCCAGAGUACCUGCAGUUCAAGGAAGAACUUGUUGAUGAAAGCACACAAAAUAAUAACUUUAUUUUGGAGUUGGAUUUUGAGCCCUUCAAUGCUUCAUUUCCUCGGCCCUCACUAUCAAAAUCCAUCGGAAAUGGAGUGCAGUUCUUGAACCGACACCUUUCCUCGAAGUUGUUCCAUGACAAAGAAAGCAUGUACCCCUUGCUUAAUUUCCUCCGGAAGCACAACUACAAGGGCAUGUCGAUGAUGCUAAAUGAUAGAAUACAAAGCCUUAGUGCUCUCCAAGCUGCAUUAAGGAAGGCUGAGCAGCAUCUAUUGAGUAUCGCAUCUGACACCCCGUACUCAGAAUUCAACCACAGAUUCCAAGAGCUUGGCUUGGAAAAGGGUUGGGGUGACACGGCUCAACGUGUGUACGAGAACAUUCACCUGCUACUGGAUCUUCUCGAGGCACCUGAUCCUUGUACCUUGGAGAACUUCCUGGGGAUAAUUCCUAUGAUGUUUAAUGUCGUGAUCCUUUCUCCGCACGGCUACUUUGCCCAAGCUAAUGUCUUGGGGUAUCCAGACACUGGUGGUCAGGUUGUUUAUAUUUUGGAUCAAGUCCGUGCCUUGGAGAAUGAGAUGCUCUUGAGGAUCAAGCGUCAGGGGCUAGACAUCACACCUCGAAUUCUUAUUGUUUCCAGGUUGCUUCCUGAUGCAGUAGGCACCACAUGUGGACAGAGACUUGAGAAGGUCCUCGGAACUGAGCACACUCACAUUCUUCGAGUUCCAUUUAGAACAGAGAAUGGAAUUAUCCGCAAAUGGAUCUCCCGUUUUGAAGUAUGGCCUUACCUCGAGACGUACACUGAGGAUGUUGCAAAUGAGCUGGCAGGAGAACUGCAAGCCACCCCCGAUCUAAUCAUCGGAAACUACAGUGACGGAAAUCUAGUAUCAACAUUGCUGGCACAUAAAUUAGGCGUCACCCAGUGCACCAUUGCUCAUGCUCUGGAGAAAACCAAGUACCCUAAUUCAGACAUUUACUGGAAGAAGUUUGAGAAUCAGUAUCAUUUCUCUUGCCAAUUCACGGCUGAUUUGGUCGCAAUGAAUCAUGCUGACUUUAUCAUCACUAGCACCUUCCAAGAAAUUGCUGGAAGCAAGGAUACCGUGGGGCAGUAUGAGUCUCACACUGCUUUUACUCUUCCCGGGCUCUAUCGAGUUGUUCAUGGAAUUGAUGUCUUCGACCCAAAGUUCAACAUUGUCUCUCCCGGAGCUGAUUUGUCCAUCUACUUCCCGUACACAGAGAAGCACAAGAGACUCACUUCCCUCCACCCAGAGAUUGAGGAGCUGCUCUUCAAUCCUGAAGAUAACACUGAGCACAAGGGUGUGCUGAAUGACACCAAGAAACCCAUCAUAUUCUCCAUGGCAAGGCUGGACCGAGUAAAGAACUUAACAGGUCUGGUCGAAUUCUAUGGCCGAAAUGAACGCUUGAAGGAGUUGGUGAACCUUGUGGUGGUGUGUGGAGACCACGGCAAAGAAUCAAAGGAUCUCGAGGAACAAGCAGAAUUCAAGAAGAUGUACAGUUUCAUUGAGAAGUACAACCUGCAUGGGCAUAUUCGAUGGAUCUCUGCCCAGAUGAACAGGGUUCGCAAUGGCGAGCUCUACCGAUACAUUGCCGACACAAAAGGAGCUUUCGUCCAACCUGCCUUCUAUGAAGCCUUUGGACUCACUGUUGUCGAGUCCAUGACCUGUGGGCUGCCCACCUUUGCAACUGUUCAUGGAGGACCCGGUGAAAUCAUCGUCGAUGGAGUUUCUGGCUUCCACAUUGAUCCUUACCAGGGUGACAAGGCUGCUGAAAUCAUUGUAAAUUUCUUUGAGAAGUGCAAGGAAGACCCAACCUGCUGGGACAAAAUAUCACAGGGAGGCCUGAAGAGAAUUGAAGAGAAGUAUACCUGGAAGCUCUAUUCAGAGAGGCUGAUGACACUGUCUGGAGUUUAUGGUUUCUGGAAGUAUGUCUCCAACCUUGAUAGGCGCGAGACUCGCCGCUACCUUGAGAUGUUCUAUGCUCUCAAAUAUCGCAAUUUGGCCGAGUCUGUUCCUCUGGCGGUAGACGGAGAAGCUGCGGUUAAUGGCGCAAAGUAGCUUCGAGUAGGAAGCAUCAUUGCCAUUUUGAUCUGUUUGUUUGCUUAUCUAAGAUUGAUAAGGGAGGAGCUUUCUUCAUGAGUUGUUCUUCUUGUUUCAAUUGAUGUGAGGGCUGCUUUUUGGCAGAAGUCGAAGUUCUUAUCUUUGUAGUUGUCAAUGUGCUGUGUAAGGCCAUAAUGCCAUUUUAUGCUGCAAUAAGAGUAGCUUCCUUUUCAUUCCAGAA